CGGGCCAGCCGGGAGCCGGGUCUGUCUGUUUCCCCGUAAAUAAAGCGCCCGGCCGUAUAAAUGCCGCCGCGGCGGGGCCGGCUCGCCCUGCCCCAGGCCGGAGAGCCGUGGCGGGGGCAGGUAGAGGCGCCGGCGGCCCCGCCUGAGGCGCGGCUUCAGGACGCGGACAGCUCUGCUGAGGGGCGGCCGAGGGCGGCCAGGGGGUGGCGGCGCGGGAGCCGUGCUCUGCUCUGCGCCUCAGGCGGGGCCAUGGCAGCGGCGGGCGAGCGGGCGGAGGAGCCGCUGGCGGAGCUCAGCCACUACGUGGUGGCGCGGCCCAUCUACAGCGAGGCGGGCUUCCAGGAGGAGAACGAGCGGCGGCCGCCGCUGCCGCCCACGCUGCGGGAGCGGGCGCAGGCGGCCUGCAGGUGUUCAAGGAAAAGGGCCUUUCAGAUCACCAAGUCCUUUCUGCCCAUCCUGGAGUGGCUGCCCAACUACCGGGUGAAGGAGUGGCUGGUCAGCGAUGUCAUCUCGGGGGUCAGCACCGGCCUCGUCGCCACCUUGCAAGGUUUGGCAUAUGCUUUGCUGGUUGCUGUUCCUGUUGGAUAUGGUCUCUAUUCUGCCUUUUUUCCCAUCCUGACAUACUUUUUCCUGGGAACAUCAAGGCACAUCUCAGUUGGUCCAUUCCCUGUAGUCAGUUUGAUGGUGGGAUCUGUUGUAUUGAGCAUGGCCCCUGAUGAUAAUUUUCUCAUAGAUGGCAGUAAUGCUACAGGGACUAAUGGUACUGGGGCACUGAUAGACACUGAAUCCAGAGAUGCACAGAGAGUGCUGAUUGCUAGUACCCUCACAUUUCUGGUUGGAAUUUUACAGGUAGUAUUUGGAGUCCUUCAGAUUGGUUUCAUUGUGAGGUACCUUGCAGAUCCACUAGUUGGGGGAUUCACAACUGCAGCAGCUUUUCAAGUGCUUGUGUCACAAUUGAAAAUAGUCCUAAAUGUUUCAACUAGAAACUAUAAUGGUGUCCUUUCCAUAAUAUAUACUCUUAUUGAAACAUUUGAAAAAAUUGGUACCACCAACAUCGCAGAUCUUAUUGCUGGACUCCUCACCAUUUUUGUCUGCAUGGUAGUUAAAGAAAUAAACGAUCGGUUCAAACACAAGAUACCUAUACCUAUACCAAUAGAAGUUAUUGUGACAAUAGUAGCCACUGGCAUUUCAUACGGUGCUGACUUGGAAAAAGAAUACAAUGCAGGCAUUGUUAAGAGCAUUCCAAGAGGAUUUUUGCCUCCUGAGCCUCCAGAUGUCAGCCUGUUUUCCCAGAUGAUAGCAGCCUCCUUUUCCAUUGCUAUUGUUGCUUAUGCUAUUGCCGUAUCUGUGGGAAAAGUAUAUGCAACCAAGUAUGACUAUGCUAUUGAUGGAAACCAGGAGUUUAUUGCCUUCGGGUUCAGCAACAUUUUUUCAGGUGCCUUUUCUUGUUUUGUUGCAACUACUGCUCUUUCACGGACUGCAGUCCAAGAAAGUACUGGUGGAAAGACUCAGGUUGCUGGUAUAAUCUCUGCUGGGAUUGUUUUGAUUUCCAUUGUUGCCCUGGGGAAGUUGCUAGAGCCCUUACAAAAGUCUGUGUUGGCAGCUGUAGUCAUAGCUAACUUGAAAGGCAUGUUCAUGCAAGUGUUUGAUGUUCCCCGUCUGUGGAGACAGAAUAAAGUGGAUGCUAUGAUCUGGGUUUUUACAUGUGUAGCAUCCAUCAUUCUGGGACUUGAUUUGGGAUUACUUGCUGGUCUUUUGUUUGGAUUGCUGACAGUUGUGCUGAGAGUUCAAUUUCCUUCAUGGGGUGGCUUUGGAAACAUUCCUGGUACAGACAUCUACAAGAAGGUCAAGGACUACAAAAAUGUUAUAGAACCAGAAGGUGUGAAGAUUCUCAAGUUUUCAAGUCCAAUUUUUUAUGCUAACAUUGAUGGACUGAAAAGCAGCCUCAAAUCCACAGUGGGAUUUGAUGCAGUCAAGGUAUAUAAUAAGAGACUCAAAGCACUGAGGAAGAUACAAAAGCUAAUCAAGAAGGGGAAAUUAAAAGCUACUAAGAAUGGCAUCAUCAGUGAGCCUGGUAUUAAUAAUGAAGCUUUUGAGCCUGAUGAGGAACCUGAAGACAAUGAAGAUCUUCAAGUUCCCACCAAAGAAGUAGAGAUCCAGGUGGACUGGAAUUCAGAACUCCCAGUCAAAGUAAACAUCCCCAAGGUGCCCAUCCACAGUCUCAUUCUUGAUUUUGGAGCAGUAACAUUCUUGGAUAUUGUAGCUGUGAAAUCAAUAAAAACGAUAAUUAGAGAGUUUGAGAGAAUUGAUGUGAGAGUAUACUUUGCUUCAUAUCAAGACAACCUUAUAUCUCAACUGGAACGGAGUGCCUUCUUUGAUGAUAUGGUCAGAAAAGACAUAUUCUUCUUGACUGUCCAUGAUGCUGUUCUCUACAUAAGAAAUCAAAUGACAUACAGUGACAACCAGGAUCCUGUCUUUGAGAAGAUUUCACUCAUGCAGGAGUCUAAAGAACCCAUAGAAUUCACAGAAACAAGCUGUCCUGAUGAUGAACUUGAUGUUCAGGAAGAGGCUAUGCGCAGGCUUGCUUCAUGAGGACGGACUGCUGGUACUGUCUUACCUGUGAGCUCACAGCAAUAUUUAUGCACCGGUACUAUAUAAGCAUUUUCUGCGAUGAAACCAAUCUUUGCACUUGAAGAAAACCCUGAUUGUUUGUCUGAAUGAUAUAGAUCUCUAGAAAUCUCCAAUUUUUAGUUAACGUUAUCCUGGAAAUAUUCUGGACCUUGAUUCAGCAAGCACUUUCCAAUAUGAUAUAGUGAUAAAAAAGAAUCAGAAGACUGUUACAAAAGAUGUACUCAGUUUUGGGACUAGUGAGGCAGAGGUGCAUUACACUGUUUUAUCAGUGUGUAGAGGAUGAAACUCUGCUUUGCGGUCUGACCAGGAGAGCUGAAGAGACCAAAAUCUUUGGAUGCAAGCCUUUUGUUCUGUAUUUGUACAAUGACUAGCAAGGGGGCAGGGGUUCAAGCUGGCCAAGGCUUUGCAAUUCUAGAACAAUAGUGUGAGCGUACAUGUGGUGACAAGUCUUGAAAACUGUAUCAUGAUCAUUUUUUCCAAGCAAUUCCUUAAAUUGCUGCAGGUUGUUUGAAACAGGUGAUAGGUGAAACAGUCACAUGAACAUAAAAUGGCACUGAACUACUAUAAAACUUUAAAUAGCAUAAGCUUCAAUAGAAAAGACCCUUGGAUAUGGGUUCAUUAGUUCUGUAUUAAUCCCAUGGUAGUAAAUCAUGCACUACUAUUAAUGAUUGUCCCUAAAACUAAGUAUACACAGAAGAUUAUUUUGGCUAGGUUACAUAUCUUUCAUCCAGAGGCAGAUUAUGACAUAAAUUAGAUUAAGGAAAAGCUUAGUCCCCAAGUACUUAAUGGAGUCUGUAGAACUGGCUGCUACUGAGUGCAAGUAAGAAAGUCAGAAUGUGACCUAGUAUACAGGUUUGUGGGUUUUUAAAAAUGGAAUAUAGGAGUUUAUUUAGUUUUAUGAAUAGUUAUAUUUUUAUAUAGCAUAUUUUGUCUUUUAAUAUUUUACAUCAAACCACUGCUGUUAAGUUUGACAGUCCAAAAUGCACAAGUGCAAUAAUUUACAAAAGUUAAAGGAUUUGACCUGCAAAACUCUAAUCCUUACUUUAGGACUAUAUAAAAUAGAUAGACAGGAAAUCAAUGUUCUUACUUUUCAUGAAGAAGAAAUGUGUUUUGAUGGAAAACAGACUGCUACCUUAAAUUUUUUAGCACUGCAUUAAUUUUUUUAAUCAAAAAAAACCCUGCAUGGUGAGGGAACAGAUAAUAAUAAAAGUGUAAGAAAUGUCCAGGUAUAAGUUUCACAAUGUGGGCUAAUUACCUUCAGUAUGUUCACAUAUUUAAGUCUCCUUGUUUGAUUAUGCCAGAGAAAUUUUCCUAUAUCACACUGCACAAAGAAGAUUUUUGCUGCAAGUAAUGUUAGUGAAAAAUCUCAGGUUAAAAGCUAAGCACUACAUAAAUUAUUCUGUCCUAAGGACCUGAGUGAACUCCAUCAAAAUCCGUGAAAAAAAUCCUGUAACCUUCAGUCAGUUGGACAGUAUCUUGCAUAGUAAGUAACAGCAUCAGACUGACAUCUUUAUUCUCUAAUUAAGGCAAAAACUUCAGUCCUCAUGACAGUCAGUGAAUUUUCUCAUUUCAAAUGCAAUACAGGCAUCAGCCUAGGUGAUACUGGUGUUCCAGUCCACCCAGCAAAAAUGCAGGUUUGUCUUUACAAAUAGACGUACGCCAUCUGUACGUCAGAUUGGCAUCUCCACAAAGUGAGAACGAGGCGUGUGUUUAAGCGGCAAAUCAGACUGAUCCGCGCCUCCUCAGAUGGGAGCAUUAUUUUCUAUUUACACUAAUGCUUAGGCUCAGGCUGGGAUUUGGCAAUUCACGCUUUUAGCGCUACCUGUCCUCGUUCUCUCCCCUUCCAUUCGCCAGCCGAACGCGGGAGGUUGCCGCUUCUGCCCACGUUACUGACAAAGCUUUCCUAUCGGGCCGUGGCCCCAGCUUACAUUAACCUGAAUGUAGGCCACUGUUGCCAGUACACGCAGCACAGGGCGAUGAAGGACAAGGCAGAAGCUGCAUUGCUUUUCUAAAGUGGAUGUACAUUUUACGUAAAAAGUAAAAUAUCCUACCGGGGACUGAUAAGUGAGCUUUCAGCUGAUUUUUAUGCAGAACAAAUACUAUGGAAAAGAUGGUAUAAAAAAUGAUAGCAGUGGAAUUUUUUUUUUUCCUCAAGAGGACAUCUGCACUGUGAAGUUUGAGUAUAGAUUCUUACUUGACAGAAAUGCGGGCUUUGGUUAUUUUUUGAACCUUCUCCAGUUCUUGUCCAUACAGGUAUUUAGAAAAAGCAAUUAAGUAUUCAACAGUCUUCCAGUUUGCUUUCCAGAUGACAUUUUGUCUGGAAUUAAUUGUGAUAAAUUAUGAUGCAAUGCACUUAUUCUUAGCCUGCACAUUUCUUCAAGGCAUGGUUGUAUUUUUUCUUAAUUUAACUGGCACAAAACAUUCAACUUUUCCUGAAAAAUAGCAUUGCACACAAAGCCUAUAGUUACACAGAAUGGUAAGAGGUAACAUGCAGAAGGCAUUCAAAUACCUUUCUCAGUGGGUCAGGGGGUAUGUGCUUCUUAAUUUUCCAUCUAUGUAUCCAUCAAAAUGAAGGAUACCCGAAUAAUGGAUUUUGCAAUGAAGCUAAAAUUCUGUACAAUUUUGUACUAAUUCAAACAUCCAUAAGCAAUGCAACUAGCCGUGCUUCUUUUUCGAGUAGAAUGAAGAAGUGAUAUUUUUGUACGCAUUUUGAGUAUUACCACUCCGUCUUUGCAUGUCAGGUGUUAAAUUUGUUUUUUAUCCUUUUAAAAAGCUGUAUUUUAAAAGUAAUUGUAUCCAUUAACUAGAAAAUAAAGUUGUCCACAUUGAAAACAG